AUGACAGACACUCUCAUCACUAUCCCGGGGGUCACCGCGCAUCACAUCCUCGGCGAAGCCAACGUUACUCUCGGCGCAGGCGACCUCAACAUCGUGCCGGCGGUAGGAGGGAAAGACCUUACCUUGACCGUAGGAGGAGCCGCGUUUGCGCUAAAGAAGGGGGUUGAAUUCGGCACGCUCGAGGACGAUGCGCGGGCGUACGUGUUCUCUCCGGAGAUCGAAGGCGUUCCAGGCGGAUACGUGAAGCUCGGCUUGCCGGAGGGUGUCACGGAGGACGGUUCGCGACUGUCGGAGCUGCAGACACGGUUCGAGGAGAUUCUGAUCGAGCACGGGCUGCUGCAGCCCGCAGAGGAGUCGAGCGCGCGCCAGAAGAUCAAGGACGCGAUCUCUUCAAAGAACACCGCGUCCCUAGUAACCAUACCUGGCGCGGUUGCCGCGCAGGUUCUCGGCCAGGAAACGACCAUUCUCUCAGAAGGCGCCCUCUCGUUAGCCGUAAUCUCUCGGACAGAGGGAGAGUCUGUCGAACCCUUGUUGACCUUGACGGUCGGUAAGGCUACCUUCCCUUUAUUCAAAACGACAACAUUUGGCACACUUGCGGACGACUCGCGGACAUACCUGUUCACACCCCAAGUGGAGGGCGCUGUCAAAGGGCUCGUAGCCAUCGUACUACCGGAAUCUAUUGAGCAACCCGGGAACGACCUGGCGGAGCUGCAGAACGACUUCGAGCUCGCGCUCAUUGAAUACGGGCUGCUCAAGGACGGUCUUGAGGCCUCCGCAGACGAGGUCGGCCGCAGCGUGCGCGAAGACUCUGUGCGGCUCGCACAACGCGUCCGCGAGGCCAAGGAACUAUACCUACAAACACACCCACGCACGACUAACCCAGCGCGCUUCUCCAACACCACGCACAACGUGACAAGUAGCAGCGAGUCCGGCACCCAAUCUAUCGCAGACGCCGCGCGCUGGGUGUCCGGCGCCGUCACCUCCGCCUCGUCCUCCGCGGGCGCGUGGAUCGCGAGCACCUUCGUGCCCACGCGCCCCGAGGCGACCGCGCAGCUCGACGCCGCGGCCCGCGGUGCGUCUUCCAUUGCGCAGGGCGUGGUGGAGGGCGCGGGCGAGGUCAAGGACACGCUCAAGGACGCAGCGGGGGCGGUCGUGGAGAAUGACUAUGGGGCGGAGGCGCGCGGGGUCGUGGGUGGCGUCGGGCAGAGCGUGGCGAAUGUGGGCGCGGUCGCGGGGGAUGCGGCGACGGUGACGAGUGGGGCGGCGCUCGCGUUCGCUGGGUUGCAGGGCGCGGCGGGCAGGCAGGACGCGGAGCAGCGUGAAAUUGAGGGCGAUAGACACGAGACGUGA